GGCGGCUCACUUGUACGCGAAGCUCCGCCACCGCCGCUCGCGCUGCCGACACUAAGCUCCCGCGAAGCCUUCCCCUAUCGCGCAGUGCUUUUCCGAUCGCCGCACGGACCGCUCGUGCCCGCGCGUUCUCCCACCGCCCGCGUAAAUACGCAACAUGCUACAAGAGAUACAACUCGUUCAAGGUCAGACGAACUACGUAGUCGUCUCGUCCGGCUACCCCUCAGCCACCGUAUCGAAGGCGCCGGUCGACAAACGAAACGUGCCUAUCGCGCCCGCUCCUGAAAAAAAUUACGUCACGCACGAUACGCCGCCCAACCUGCAAUACAGAAAGAAGGUUCACUUCAGAACGAAUCCGUACACUGGGCCGCAGGCUGCGUCGAUCGCUAGACGUAACGCUCGCGAACGUAAUCGUGUGAAGCAAGUUAACGAUGGAUUUAAUGCGCUCCGCCGUCACCUGCCAGCUUCCGUAGUGGCCGCUUUAUCGGGUGGCGCUAGACGUGGAUCCGGCAAGAAACUCAGUAAAGUCGACACAUUAAGAAUGGUAGUUGAAUACAUAAGGUAUUUACAACAGCUAUUGGAGGAAAGCGAUGCCGCUCUGGGUAUUACGCGUGAUCAGGAGAACAGAGAAAAUAUACCGAGUAAUUCCUCACAGCCAAUGACUUCGUUGGAUAUGGACGAUGGCUUCUUCUAUGGUAGUGGUUCGCCCUGUUCUGACAAGCCGGAUUCACCUGCGCCAUCAGAAUGUUCUUCAGGCGUUUCGUCUUCGUAUUCAGCAGUAGACCGCUACGAAGUCCCCACACAGCAGCAACUUGGCUCGAUGGAUGAAGAUGAGCUCCUAGACGUGAUUUCGUGGUGGCAACAGAAAUAGCAAUCAUGUCUGGCCGAGCUGUAAAUUAAUUCAUAAUGGACGAAUCCCUCCGACAAGUUGUGCAUUAUUUAUUUGUCUUGAAUUUAUUGCCAAUAAGUACGAAAAGACUCUUGUGUAUCUAGUCAAACCAGUAGUGCCUUAUAAUUUUAAAUAGUAAGUACGACUUUACUAAAAAGACGAUUGAGAUAAUGUUGGUAUGCCAAUUUUCAAUGAUAAAUUGAUUGCUGUAUCCACUGCUGUGUGUUACCGUAGGUCAGUCACUGAGGCUUUGUGAUUACUGCAUUUGUAUUAUAUAGUUUAAAAAGAAUCAGUCAAUAUGUAAAUAUAGAUGAUAAGUUUGAUAGAUUGUAAGGUACAUAAAUAAAUUAUUUAUUUAACUUUUAA